AAGAAUUUCGAGAUCUAAAUGUAAAAAAAAAAAAAAAAAAAAAAAAAAAAAAACCCCGAACUCCGUCAUCCAUUCCCUCCUCUUCCCAUAUCUUAUUCUCUCCCACUCCCCAUCGGCGAACUAUCUCACUCCUCAUCGGCCAGCACAAAACUACAUCAGAUCGUUCCUUCCGAUCAUUUUUAACCUAAUUAGAGAUAUUUCACAAAAAUGAAGCAAUCGAAGGAUCCGUUUGAAGCCGCCUUCGAAGAGCAGGAGGAAUCACCUCCGAACUCUCCUUCUGCUGCGGACGACCUCGAAAUUCCGACCACUGUAGCCCCUGUUCCUGCCGACGCUUUUGAUUUGCAAGACGGUGACGAUGAUCCAAAAUCCGCUUCUGUCGCUACACAUUCCGUUACUCCUGUGUCCACCACUUCUAUGUUUGUUUCCUCUUCCUCCCAUGUAUCUGCCGCCCCUAAAACCAAAGAAGACGACGAGGAAGAAGAGGAAGAGAAUGUUGAAGUUGAACUUGCAAAAUUUCCCUCCAGCGGUGAUCCGGAUAAGAUGGCAAAGAUGCAAGCAAUUCUCUCACAAUUUACAGAAGAACAGAUGAGUCGUUACGAGUCCUUUCGCAGAGCUGGAUUUCAGAAAGCUAAUAUGAAAAGGCUGUUAGCAAGCAUCUCGGGAACACAGAAAAUUUCUGUACCGAUGACAAUCGUAGUGUCUGGUAUAGCAAAGAUGUUUGUUGGUGAACUCGUAGAAACAGCAAGAGUUGUCAUGACAGAGCGUAAUGAUUCGGGACCUAUCAGACCGUGCCAUCUCAGAGAAGUAUAUAGAAGACUAAAGCUUGAAGGUAAGAUUCCUAGGAAAUCAGUGCCUAGGCUCUUUCGCUAAUCACUCUGUUUAUUAUAGGUGUUUUUGGAAGAAAAUUUCAAUAUUACAGCAUAAAAAUUAGGCAAAACAUCUCCAUGUGUGUAUAUAUAUAUAUAUAUAUAUAUCACUGAAGUUCCUAAGUA